AUGGGAAUAGUCGCCAACCUCGCCGCCCUCACCACCCUAGCAAGUCUAGCCACCGCCUGGCUCCCAGAAGACAACAAAUCCAUCAACUCAACCGAUGGAACCAACCUCUUCGAAUCCUCCAGCAAAAUCCGCGGCGUGAACCUCGGCACGCAAUUCAUCUUCGAGCCCUGGAUCGCCCAAAACGCAUGGAGCUCCAUGGGGUGCAAGGACCAAGCCUCUGAAUUCGACUGCGUCUCUUCCCUCGGACAAGACGCUGCCGAUUCCGCUUUCGCCAAACACUGGGAUUCAUGGACUACGCAGGAUGAUAUCGCUGAGAUAGUCAGUUAUGGACUGAACACGAUCCGCAUCCCGGUUGGAUACUGGAUGCUUGAGGAACUGGUUGAUGAGUCUGAACAUUUCCCGCGCGGUGGAUUGGAGUAUUUGAAGAAGAUAUGUGGGUGGGCUAGUGAUGCGGGUUUAUACAUUAUUGUGGAUUUGCAUGGUGCGCCUGGUGCGCAGACUCCGUCUAAUGCUUUCACGGGACAGAAUGCUGCCAAGCCGGGUUUUUAUUCGGAGUAUAACUAUGAGCGUGCGCUGAAGUGGUUGGAUUGGAUGGUUGAGCUUGUUUAUACGGUUGAUGAGAUGAGGAAUGUUGGGAUGGUGGAGGUUGUUAAUGAGCCUGUGCAGGAUGAUGGGAUGGCUUCUUCUAUGCGUGAGAAGUAUUAUCCGCAGGCUGUGGAGCGUGUUCGGGCUGUUGAGAAGAAGCUCAAUAUCAACAAGAAUGACAAUCUGCAUAUUCAGAUGAUGGAUGAGUCUUGGGGCUCGGGAAAUCCAAAUGAAUACCUUGAUGACUUGACUUAUAUGGCAUAUGAUGAUCACCGCUACUUGAAGUGGGAUACUAGUGUCGAUGUCUCACACGAGAGCUACAUCAGCACAUCCUGUGGCGACAGGCGGGAUAGCAACUCGCCGAACAUCGUGGGAGAAUGGAGUCUGGCUGUUCCUGAUGAUGUGGAGCAGUCUUCGGACUGGGAUCCGAGUUCGAACACCGAGUUCUAUGCCAAGUGGUUUGCGGCUCAGGUGCAUUCUUAUGAGAAGCAGCAGGGAUGGGUCUUUUGGACUUGGAAGGCUCAGUUGGAUGACUAUAGAUGGUCUUACCAGGGUGAGUAUCUUUUCUCAAGUUGA